AUGGAAUCUCAUAGCAGAGUCAGUCAACUUACAGGGGAUCGAAUCAAUGGAGUUUCUCACCACAGUCAGCCUCGACCUCCAGUAUCUGGCACAGCCUCGCCACGUUCAGUCACCAGCCGAACAUCGUCAGCCCAGCACCUGCUCGACGCUGUUCAGGACGAGGCUACCUCUCAAGGAACUCCAAAACGCCUAGUGAAGACAUCAGUCCCAGAUGGCUCAGCUUCUGGGCGCCUCUUUCAUCCCGAGGCUUCACUUGUCCUGGUUGGGAUCAGGGCCUCUGGGAAGCGAUCCUUGGGUCUUAUUGCGGCCACUGCUCUCGGACGGCGAUUUGUUACCGAAGACCAUUAUUUCCAGACCGUCAACGGCGUUUCGAGACAAGACUACCUCAAAAUCCACGGCAGUGAGCAAUUUCAUCGCCAAGACAUUGAGACUUCCAAGCGCAUGCUGGACGACAAUAAGUACCGAUGUGUUAUUGACUGCGGCCUUGGAAGCCUCACAAGCGGACUCCAGGACUACUUGAGACGCUUCAGCCAGACCAACCCAGUGGUGUUCGUGCUCAGGGACAUGGAUCAGAUCAAGGCAAUUCUCAGCCUGGACGAUCGGGCUGCAAAGUUGCUCGAGCAUGGAAACCUUACCCAUCGAAAAUGCUCCAAUUUCGAGUUCUAUAACUUGGAAGAUGAUUCUCUGCACGGGUCUGCCGAUGUUGAAAUGGCAGAUCGUGCGUCUCCAAACUACUCUUUCAAACUCAGAAAUACUCAGGCCGAUUUUUCAGCUUUUGUUCGAUUCAUCACCGGUUGUUCUUUGAGUGAUCCCACACUGAUAUCUCCGUUUUGCCUGGAUGACUCUGUCGAAUUGCGGUCUUACACUCAUGCACUUCUCUUACGGGUCUCAGACUUCGCCGACGGACGAGUGGAUUUUGGCUCUCUUGAGGCUGCCGGCGAUGUCUUGGAGAUCUAUGUUGACCAGUGGCAGUCAAAUACGACAAAGGUGCUCAGCAAGAUGGUAGCGACCGCCAGGAGAGCCUUGGCCAUACCUAUUCUCCUGUCAGCCGGUCGCAGACUGUCCGAAUCCCAGGCUACGGAGACGUAUGUAGCGGCUCUAAUGCACGGUUUUCGACUAGGAGUGCAGUACAUUUCUGUUGAUCUUGACCUGGAUCCCGGCCAGAUUGACCGUCUCAGAGUCAUCAAGGGUUACACCAAAAUAAUUGGCAACUAUACCAACUACCCGUCCAAUGAAAAUGGCUGGAAGGACACGAACUUGAGGCAUAUGUACAACAGAGCACUUGAUUUCAAAUUUGAAAUGGUCCGUAUUCUCAAUGUUCCGGCAUCUCGCCAGGAGAAUGAAGCGGCGAUAUGGUUCGCCCAGCAACUGAAAGAACUUCCCGGACCUCGACUCAUCGCGAUAAUAUACAAUGUUGGAUUCCUGGGUCGGACAUCACAAAUCAUGAACCCUGUAUUGACAACAGUUACUCAUCCCAGCCUUCCCGAGACUGAAGCAAAUCACGAAUAUGUCUUCUGGCCUCUGCUAUCUUCCAAGCAGAUCGUCGGUGCUCUGUUCGAUAGUUGCGUCUUCGAUUCUCUCCAAUUCUAUAUUAUCGGAGCCAACGUCUCGGGAUCUUUGUCACCGGCGAUGCACAACGCUGCAUACAGCUUCCUUGGCCUGAAACAUCGUUACAGCACGAAACAAAUCACGAACUGGACGGAUAUCGAAGAGCUUGCCAAGGAUGAAGCUUUGGGCGGUUUGAGUGUGGUGCAACCCUACAAGGUCAAGCUUGUGCCUCACAUGCAUGCCCUUAGUGGACACGCCAAAGCUAUAGGGGCUGUGAACACACUGAUUCCUCUCCGGAAACAAGCUGCGGGCUUUACAUCUUCGCUAGCCAAACAAGCCCAGCUUAGGAAUCGCGCAGGGACAAUCAUCGGCUGGUUCGGGGACAACACUGAUUUUAUAGGCAUCAUGAACUGUGUCAGCCGAAACCUAUCUCCACGCAAUGCAAUCCACCCAAAGACCACCAGCCUAGUGAUUGGUGCUGGAGGUAUGGCAAGAGCUGCGGUCUAUGCUAUGCUGCAAAUUGGCUGCAAGCACAUAUUUGUAUACAACAGGACUGUCUCAAAUACCCGAACUCUAGCUCGCCACUUUAAUGACUGGGCUCAGUCUCAGCAAAACGGAGUUGCAUCAGCGGCCGCGGAACCAGUCAAAGUCAUCGAAUAUACCACCGACCCCUGGCCUACAGAUUUUGCGCCUCCGACUAUAGUAGUGUCAUGUGUCACUCGUGAGCUCCUUGAAGGAAAUCCAGGCGCGGAUUUCGAGAUGCCAGAGCAGUGGAUGCAAUCACCAAGUGGUGGUGUUGUUGUCGAAAUGGCAUAUAUGACGAAAGAGACACCUCUGAUCAGGCAGAUCAAACGAUUUCGAGAGUCAACAAAGAGACCCUGGGUCUUGGUUGAUGGUAUCGAAGCCCUAAUCGAGCAAGCUAUUGGUCAAUUCGAAUCAAUGACUGGAAGGAAAGCGCCAAAGCGUUGCAUGGCAGACGCCGCCCAUGCCUCGAUUCGCAAGAACGCAUCCUAUCUGGUUGACGGGGAGGAGUUCUCUACAUAA